UAAAACGGCGGCCAGCCGAAAGUCACCAUGGGAAUGGAAAUUAAAUGAAAAUCCGGCAAUCAUAAAUAAAACAUAAAUUAUGUUUCGCUGCCAGUUGGCGGCAACAAAAAUAAAAUAAUCAAAAAACAAAAAAAGGGAAGAUGUGAACCAAGCGGAUAUAUUUUGAUUUUUUUUUAUAAAUAGAAAAAUCAAUUUCUCUCUCUCCGAGGCGCGCUCUCUCUCUUUUUUGGCGCGCGCCUGUCUGUGUCCGUCUUCCCCCAAAACGGGCGCAUGUGUGCGUGUGCUCCGUGUGCUUCGUGUGCGUGUGGUGGUGCGGUGUGUCUCCCGUGUCGGUGUCUAUUAUAAUAUCCAGUGAGCAAAAGCGAGUGGCCGAGUGCUCUCACACUCUCUCUCUCUGCGAAUAAUUGAAUAUAAUUCAAGUGUUUUUGCUGCACACUAUUUGUUGUGCUUAUUAUCGUUAUUAUUUGUUUAAAUUACCAACGACAACAUAAACAACAACAAGAGCACCACGCGCGCGAUUAGCACAACGCAGUGGAGCCACCUUCGAAGGCAUCGAAAACAUCAACAACACACAAAAGGCUCUCAAGGAGAGCGAUUUGCGUAGUGCUGCUGCAGCCCUGGUCAGAAAAACCCUUUUAUGGGUUUGUCCUGUUUACAAAUUGACGCUGCAAAUUGAAUUUAUAGCACGGCUGAAACAAGUGGUUGAGUGCCAGCCAGGGACCCACUUAAUUUCCGCUACGGUCCCCAAAAUACAGAAGACAAAUAAAUGAGGAAAAUGCCACUACAGUGAAGCAUCGAGCAGUGGAAACUUGAAAUUUUCAUCAAUUUCGAGCUGAAAGUUUAGUUCAUGUCAUAUUUAUACUGCUAUUACCAAAUCAAACUCGUUCUAUAAUUUUUAAUUCAAUACUAAACGAGCUCCAAAAGUAUUACUAAAGAAAUUUGUACUAAUAACUUGGUUACAAGUUUUAAGUUUCCACUAACUUCACUUCACUUGAAUUAGCCAAGUUGUCCUGUAUUUGGUUUGAAUUGGAAAUAGGUGGCCGAGUGGCUGAGUGGGUGGCUUGGGUGGCAUUUUCCCUGAGAAAAACUCACGCACAAAUGUAUUUCCCCCCGAGGAGCAUUUGUUGCUGCUACCUCAAUCUUUCGAAAUUGACAACGGCGGCAGUCGCAGCAGCAACAACAACACCAAAUCAAAUAAAUUAAAUUUACACACAUAGUUAAAUUAGUGAAAAUUGAAUAAAACAGAAGAAAGAAUAGACGACGAACGUAAAUAAAAGACGUUGAGGUGACGGCGACGCGAAGAGUGAGGAGUGGCAGACAGAGCGAGAGAACAACGUGUCGAGCAACAAAUUAAUAAUACAACAACAACAAAAAAUCAGAUAAAUAAAAAAGCAACACAAAUUGAAAACAAAAACAACAAGAGCAGCGGCAGCAGCAGCAGCGAUUCUGGAUUUCUAGAGGCAGCGGCACAUUCAAAAGAUGGGCUGUGGACAGAGCAAGAUACAUUUGUAUCCCAGGAAAUCGAAGAGUAAAGCGAACGGCAAGAAAGGAGGACAUGCCGACUCAGAUGCCGAAACGGACGAGGACGAAGGCCACAUCGAGGAUGCCGAGAAGGCACAGCAGCGCGACCGCGAGAAGCACGACGAGAGCGAGGAGCUAAGCAAUAAGGACAUCCAGGAAAGCGACGAGGACGUGGCCGUCUCACUGCUGCGCGCCAAGAACCUGUCGCUGCUGCAAAGCCAGGAAAUAUCAUCUAGCCAGCAGAACUUCUUCCGCAUGCUGGACAAGAAGAUCGAUGAGGGUCCCGACUACGACUCGGCCAGCGAGACGGAGAUCGCUUUGGAGGAGGCCCGACUAAACGCCCUGCGCCAACAUUGGGAGUCCGCCAGCAUCACGGCCUCCAUCUGCUCCUCGGCCAGCCGCUCGCUGCAGACGACGCCCAUCCGCCAGGUGCAGGUGCCAUUGAAGCAGCCGCCGCGUGGCGCCGGCCUGCUGCUCCAGCCUUCCAGCGCCUCGGCGGUCACCGCCUCCUCCUCCUCCUCCUCCUCAUCGACGAUAGUCGCGCUGCCCACGACGGAGUAUCUACCUCAGCAUGUGUUGGCGGGACGGCAAGUGGUGCAGCAGCAGCAGCAACAGCAGCAACAAGCGGCAGUGCUCUACCAGCAGCAGCAGCAGCAACUAAUCCUGCUGCCCCAGUUGGAUCUUAAUGUUGUCAACACGUCCACGGCAGCAGCAGCGGCACAGCUCGUCCAGUUGCAGCAGCAGCAACAGCAGCAGCUACAGCAACAGCAGCAGCAACAGCAAAUGCAGCAGCAACAGCAGCUGCAACUCAAUCAGCAGCAGCAGCAACUCUACCAGCAGCAGCAACAGCAAUACCUGCUGACCCUUCCCGCCGGAUCAAAGCCACAGAGCGUGAGUCCAAAGCGCCUGAUCUAUGGUGGACCCGCUGCAACCACUCUCCUCUGUGCAACUGGUGAUGUGCAUUUCAGCAUCAAAUGCAACGCCCCCGAAACUUACGAACCGCCAACCGCUCCACACAGCCAAAUCCAGCAGCAACAGCCACCGCCUCCUCCGCCGGGCGCCUACUACGGCGAGAUGAUGCACGGCGUACAGGCCGCUCCAGCGGCGGAAUACAAGUUCCCGCCGGCCAUCAGCGUGCAGCGACUGGCGCCGCAGGUGCAGCGGCAGCUGCGCGAGACGCAGGAACUCAUAAAAGACUCGUGCCCGCAGCUGUAUGCGGCGGGCUAUGGCAGCCCAGGACCACCGAUACGCAAUCCCAGCAGGAACCCCACUAGAACUAGACCCACCCUGGAGACGCAGUUCUCGCAGGAACUCUCGUGAUAUCUAUAUAUGUAAACAGCCGGCAGACGGAGGAUGCACCCACGUUCAGACACACACACACACAACCACUCACAGUUGGAAAAACUGCAGCCAAAGAGGAAAGCUAAAAUUAACCAAAAUUAUAAGAAUACGAAACCCGUGACAAAACCACACAGUAAAAAAAAACCAAGAAAAUGCCAAAAAAAACAACCAAAAAGAAACUUCAAAAUGAAUGAAAAUCAAUUAAGAAAUUGUAAAACUGCACUUAAUGUUUCAGACCCUCAGAAUCCCCAAAAUGCGUACUACUUGCAACAAACAAACAAGAUGAGCAACUACUAUACCUAUGCGGAGCAACAAAUAAAGCAUUCAACUACAAGGAUAUUCAAGAGGCAGCCAAAGAAAGCUAGAUACGUAGGGACAUACCAAGUUGGAUCCGAAAGCGCAAGGUACAUAGACUUAGGAAUCGAGUAUAGCGUUAUAAAGCGAUAUAUACAUAUAUGCAAAUGCCACAAAGGAGAUGCGGAAGCGGAAGCUGAUGCUGAAGCGGAAACGGAAGCGGAGUAGGAGGUGUUAGAGCCCGAGUAAAAGCAAACACAAAUCAUACAAAGUAAAUAAUAUAAAGUGUAUCAAACAAAUGACUUCUACAUUCUCACGCAAUUUUGUUAGUCAUAAAUCUCAUGGUGUAAUUUUUUAACAAAUAUUUUUCCGUCAAAUUCUCGAAAUGGUGUAACGUUGAUGAUGGCGGAUGAUGAUGGAAUGUUCGUUGGAUAUGCAAUUAACGGAUGAAGCUGUCUAGUAAUAUUUGUAUACUUUAGUUCUAUUUAUUAUUAAUAAUAUAAUUUUGGAUGUACGAUAGUUUUUCUUAUAUGGAUAUAUAUAUAUACAUAUAUACUUAAAAUGGAAAAUAAAAGCAAAUCAAUUAAGUUUAAA